AUGUCAUGGUCAUUCAUGUUUCCUCUCCUGUUAGAUGCGCGCCGACUUCUCGUGGACAAGCCACGUGUACCAGUCAUCGCCUCCAACCGAACUCGACAUAUUCGCGCGUUCCUCCGUCGACUCUCGCACCUCCGUCCCGCGCAAGACGGUGAUCACCUUCCAAGGGGUGGUGUCGCCACCGGAACGCGCGACAUGUGGAACCCGCACGCCGUCUUGGCCUCGAUGCUGCAUCGCGAGUGGAACGUCAUCUCGCCGGACUACUCGCUGCUGCCGCAAGUGAGCGGGCUGUCGCUGCUGCGGGAUCAGGCGCAGCUCGAGGCGUCGAUCCUCGCGAACGCCGAGGAAAUGCGGAUAGAUACGAAUAAAUCGCUGACGAUCAAGCCUAAGGCGCUGCUGAACUUUUACGGAAUGCUGGAUCUGGCGGGAGACUGGUACACGAAAAAGAGGGAUGCCAUGCCUGUCAUGGGCGUCUUCGACACGGCGUUCGCGAACGGGCUGUUCUUGGAUUUCCUGAUGGAAUGGCACACGAGUCAGCGCAGGAUGGGCGUGGAGCCUGUUGAGGACUCGAGGCAGUUCGUGAAGUGGUUGCGCGCUGCCGGUGUCGAGGUGGAGUUUAUAGAGGUCCCCGGCGGUGCGCACGAGUUGAUCGGGUUGCCCGCAGAUCAAGGGGACGAUCAGACUGUUGCGUUCCUCGAGAAGUGGGUCAAGUAG